UCCCGAGCGUCACUUCGCGUACGUUGUUUACCAUGAUGGCCGCUGGUCCUUCCCGCGAAGUGUGCCGUCACUAACACCGCCUUUUGCAAGCUCACUGAGUCUCGUUGGGCUCUGAAACCCUCCGAGGAUCCGAAAGGAGGAAGACGAGAGAGGAUCAGGGCGAAGAGUGACCCGAGGCGAGGUUUAUCAGGCGAGAUAAGAGGAUAUCGAAGGUCUUGGCGCGUGAGGACAUCCAUAACUAUUACGUUGAUUUUCUUUUUUUUUGAAAAUUUUCUCGAUAUUCCAACCAAAACAAUGCCCAAAUCCGACGUUUUCAAGGCCGGUGAUCCGAUUUUCGCCAAGGUCAAAGGUUACCCGCACUGGCCAGCGAGGAUUGAACCCUAUGAAGAAGAUCCAUCUGGCAAACCACUAAAAAAGUAUCCAGUCCUGUUUUAUGGGACUUAUGAGACGGCUUUGCUGAAACCAGAUGACCUAUUCCCUUACUCAACCCACGUAGAGAAGUUUGGGAAACCACAGAAGAGGAAGGGCUUCAAUGAAGGCCUGUGGCAGAUUGUAAAUAAUCCAAGUCUAGACCCAAGCAUACCCAUACCACCAGACGUGUCCUCAGCCUCCCUCCCUGGUACCCCAAAAACCCCUGCAGCCAAGCCCGGCAGAAAGUCCCUAAGUGUGACACCAGCAGUGACGACAGAUGUUAAGUCUGAAGAGUCUGAUGAGGAUGUAGGAGAUUUAGUUAUCGAUGAGUCUGCAGGGAAAGGGGCAAAACCUGGAAGAAAAAGAAAAAGGCAGGAUUCCGACAUAGCUUCAGAGACACCAGCCAAGAAAGCGGCAUCUUCUGAUGUUAAGAAAACACCCAAAGAAACUCCAAAGCAAACUCCAAAAGAAAAUAAACAGUCAAAACUUGUAGCUAAAGAAACUCCAAAAGAAACUCCAAAGCAGCAAUCUGGAGAAUCUUUGGAACCCCAAGUUAGUCGAAGUGGGAGGCUAAUAAAGCCUAAAAAGUUCUUAGAUGAAGGUGAAGAUGCUUCCCGCCCACCGUCAGCAGCAGCAGGCACACCUUCCACUCCUGUUCCAGUUGCAGAGGCUGCAAGUACCCCUUCAAUUACCAAAACUAGCAAUGCAGUCAAAAGUACUCCCAGUGCACCUGUCACCACGCCAAGAAAAAGACUCUCCCUCUCCGGGUCAGAGGAAGUUGCGCCAGCAGAGUCACCUGCAGUGCCGGAAGAAAUGCCCACCCCAACAGGCCCACCACCAAAGAAGAGAGGGCGUCCUCCAAAGAAUAGAGACAUAGACAACUCGCCCAAGAAAGCACCAGCUGCAGCCCCUCCAUCCGAGUCUCCUGCCCAAGAAACUACCUCAAAGAUGUCAUCGCCGCCCACUAAGGCUCUGGCUGAUGUCAAACAAGAGAAGAAGUCUCCUACUGUUGUUUGUGGUGCCAGAGAGUCAAGAAUGGGACUCCAUGUUUGCCGAAAAGGUGGCAGAAUUUGAUGAUGCCUGCCACAGAUCAGGCAUCACAGAGGAAAGUAAAAUCUCUUUGGUCCGAGAUCCAACCCAUCACAUCGACGGUCCUCAGGAAGAGGCCAGCAAAAGGGGAAAAGAAAACACGAGUCCAUUAACAAAAAGCUGAACGAGAAAGAGAAAGAGUGAGAGAGAGAGAGAAAAUAAAGGCAAAAUGUAUACAGAUCAGCAGGUUUGAGCCCCUAGUUAGUACUUAAGCGAGGCUUCAACUGUGCUGCGUGAUUGGUAUCUUUGGACUCAAAAUGUUGUAUGUGGCUAGAGCUGUAUUUUUGAGGCUUAGAUGAUACUUGGAUAAGGCUACACAGAUUGACAGAAUUUUUUUUUCCUUUUUUUUAUUUUAAUUUUACUUUAACCUUUGGAUUAAUAAUGACCAGAUCAGUAAGCUUAAUCUCUAGACUGUGUGAACUAGAGACUCGAACCUUGACUAGAUCAGUAAGUGUGAGUUUUAGACAUAAGGCAAUUUAAUGAUCAAUCCAUAUGAUAUCAUCUUUUACUUUAAGCCCUGUUUGGUAUGUAAUAUGGUGUAAAGCUGGUUUGUGUGAGCCGUACAUGAUACAUGAGUAAGAGUUACCCCUUCAAGUCAUCACUGUGGCAUUAAGCAGUGCAAGAGAUAUAUUUUGAGCAUUGUGUAUUCUAAGUGUAUUAAAUGCUAGCAUGGCAUGUGUUGGACUAGGCUUUAUUUGCCAAGCAUGUGUAUAUAAUGUAUAUUUUUGAUAACAUCCAAAGGUAUUCCUGAAAAAAUAUAAAGUUACAAGGCACUGACUGGAAGUGAUGAGCCAGAUAUCAAGCCAUUUGAGAACUUUUUUAUGCAUUGGUUAAGUUUUCAUCUUUAAUUUCUCCAAUGUUUAGAACUUAUUCUGAUGCGUAAACCGCAUGAGAAAUACCCGGUUUCAUGCAUUAUUUUAUUUAAAUAUAACAUUUUCUUUAUAGGCAACUUUAGCUUCCAAAUUUUUAUUAUUUUUUUAGAGCAAUUAUUGGAAUUGGAUAUUUUCACACAAAGCAACUGUCUUUAAAAGAAGUGUCUUAAAAGGGUUUACCUUACUGUUGUAGUACCUACGGCUCUAGACCGGGCUUCUUGUGUUUGAACAAUUUUCUGGAUAAAGAAUAAGGAACAGAAACUUGUGUUAUCUAAGGUUCCGUCUAAUCUCUUUAAACUCUUACCAGUAGAAGAGAGGCUAAAGAAAGUAUCUGUAUUAUCCUCAAAUUGAGGUGUUUAUAAAAGUAAGCUUGUCUGGUGAGGCAAUUUGAAGAGGUUUGACCAAAGAAUGAUGAUGGUAGUAAAUGUUUUUGAUGUAAAAAGGACAGUUUCCUUGCUGCACUAGCCGUGUGCCAGUGCUAAAGGGUAGUUGUUCAUUUGCUGAUUAUUAGGAAGAGGUAUUUCAUUCAUGUGUCCUCAUAUGUUUAUUUAAUUUGUUAAGUGUUAAUAUUUGAUGAUGGAAAAAUCUUAUCUUGAAUCAAAUUAUCUUGAGGAUAUUCAUGAUGAUCAGGAAAAAAUAGUAUAAAUUUGACUUGUUUCUCUAGGGAUGCAAUGUUGGUUACCUGAAUUUUGAAGUUGCUAUGAAGAUGAAUAUGACAGGUCAAUGAUGUACAGAGUACAACCAGCAUUUAUUUUCCCCUCACAAGCAGAUGGUUACAGUACUUUUGCAGUAAAUUGGGGUGUGCAGAAUUUGAAGUGUAAAUAAGCCUAGUACCCUUUCCACAAACUUAACAACAAUACUGUUAUAUUUUUUAUUCUGCUCUUUUGAAGUAUUAUCAAACUUGGAAUAAGUUUUUGUUAAUUUCGAAAAUGUAGACAACAGGUGCCACAAUUAAUUGGAAUCCCAAAGCAGAUACAUAAAAAAAACGGUGGCCUUAAAAGAAUAUAUAGAGAUAUGUAUCAAAUCCUGAACUCUGAAAUUCAUUCAAGCCAGAUGCAGAAUAGGGUGAUUCUACAAACUGAAAAGAUUCUCAAACCAUAUACUGCUAGCUGGGGUUGUGUAAGAGAUAAAAAAAAGUGGUUGAUUUAAUUUUGUCAUCCGUUGUCAGCAGGGAGUUGCAUUGACUAAGGAGUGGCAUUCUUGUUCCUGACAAACCACAAGAAUUUAUGUCUAUUACGAGAAAACCUCAGUGGAAAAAAGAUGGUUUUUAUUGUCAUUACUAUUACUUUUAAACUAGGUCAUUUUGAUGUUUUUUGAUGUUACUUUAGACAUUGAGGAUAAAGUACUUUGAAGUAGUUUUGAAGUUGCUUUUUUUCCAUUGCUCACAUUUUAAUUCUCCCUUGUUGGGAAGACGAUCCAUUAAGAUGCAGCAGGGAGGGGAAGGGAGUCUGUAAGAGCCGUUAUGGGAGAAACAUCAAGAGCCUAACAGAGAGACUGCAGAUAUUUUUUUUCUUUGCUAUUGAAUGGGAUCUUAAUGGACCGUUCACUCCUAAGAGUCACACGUUAUGUUAUAUAUCUUGGGUAUCAGUUUGAGCUCUACAUGAGGAAUAUUAGCACUUGACUUGUGAGUACAAAGGUGCAUUAAGUAGUGCUAUUAUCUGUAUGAAUCACUCCCAAAUAAAAUAUGAACCACUAUUGA